CUAUUUAUACAUGUAUCUCCCCUUCCUUCCCCUCUCCACAACACGUCACAAUAUGGCCGUCUUCCUUUUGCUCUUCUCCCUCGUUGUUUCUUCCGCCACUGCUUGCGAUCGCUGUGUCCUCCAAUCCAAGGCUGCCUACUUCUCUAAAUCUUCUGCUCUUACCUCUGGGGCGUGCGGGUAUGGCUCCUUGGCCGUGGGAUUGAGCGGCGGACACCUGGCAGCUGCCUUUCCUUCUCUAUACAAAGACGGUGCCGCUUGCGGCGCCUGCUUUCAGAUAAGAUGCAAGAAUCCGAGCUUGUGCAAGAAAACAGGGACGACCGUGGUUGUCACUGAUCUCAACAACAACAACAAUCAAACUGAUUUCGUGCUCAGCAGCAGGGCCUUCUCGGCCAUGGCUGACAAGGGUAUGAGCGAGCAAAUUUUGAAGCUCGGAAUCGUGGACGUCGAGUACAAGAGGGUACCAUGCGUGUACAAAAACAGGAACCUGGGAGUGCGGGUGGAAGAAUCAAGCAAGAAACCGAACUACCUGGCGAUCAAAUUUUUGUACCAGGGCGGUCAAACGGAGAUAGUGGGGGUGGACGUGGCUCAGGUGGGGUCGUCGAACUGGAGAUUCAUGAGCAGGAAGAACGGGGCAAUAUGGGAGACGGAGAGGGCGCCGGAGGGCGCACUGCAGUUGAGGAUGGUGGUGACGUCGGGAUACGACGGGAAAUGGAUAUGGGCUCCGAAGGUGCUGCCGGAGGACUGGAAGGCUGGCCUCAUCUACGACUCCGGCGUUCAGAUCACUGAUAUUGCCAAACAGGCAUGCUCUCCCUGCGACGACGGCCCCUGGUCAUGAUCUCAUUUCUUCACCACCGUCACCCGCAUUCUUUUUUCCUCAUUCUUUCCGAGGGCUAUCUUCCACGUGUACAAGUAUAAACCCAAAAUAACAUGGUGCAUUGUUCAUAUUCUAGUAUUAAUAUAAAGUCUCUCUCUGCA